CGCUCUAAACUGGCUACGCUGAGGAAGGCGUGGAUGUACUUCCGCAAUCGCGAAUAUAACUUGGAAAGAGCGGCGCGAUUUUCCUGGCCCUCUGGUGGUCCCGGCGCGUGUGGGUGGCUAUUCAUUGCUAAGACGCUGCUCACUGUUAAUUCGGAAAGAGAAAAAAAAUCACCGUUUUCCAGCAUUUUUUUUGGAGAACAAAACAAUAGGGAAAAUGUCCAUUUUCCCUAAAAUAUCUUUGAGACUUGAGGUUGAAAAGUAUCUUAAAGAGGGUUUUAUGAAUAAGGAGGUUGUAUCUACUUUUGGGAAACAAGAAGCAGAAAGGAAAUUUGAAACUCUGUUAAAUCACUUGUCACAUCCUCCAUCAUUCACAACUGUCAGAGUUAAUACACAUCUAGCCUCAGUGCAACAUGUGAAAGAUCUGUUGUUUGAUGAACUUCAGAAGCAGUUUAAUGGAUUAAGUGUUCCUAUUCUUCAACAUCCAGACCUUCAGGAUGUCUUACUUAUUCCUGUUAUUGGACCUAGGAAGAAUAUAAAAAAACAACAUUGUGAAGCAGUUGUUGGAGCACAAUGUGGCAAUGCGGUGUUAAGAGGAGCCCAUGUCUAUGUUCCAGGAAUUGUGUCAGCUUCAAAACUUAUGAAAGCUGGAGAUGUUAUUUCUGUAUACUCUGAUAUAAAAGGCAAAUGUAAGAAAGGAGCCAAAGAAUUUGAUGGAACAAAAGUAUUCCUUGGAAAUGGAAUUUCUGAACUAAGCCGCAAAGAAAUCUUCAGUGGGCUACCUGAACUGAAGUAUGUCAUCAAGUGUUUGGAGGAAAUAUGCAUUCUUUUUGGUGGUUCAAGAAAAAUAAAAACAAUCUAUUUAAGGAGUUCUGUGGACAGCUCCAUUACUCCACAGUUGACAGCUGAUGUAGACAUGCCGAAAACUGAAUUUAUCCAUGCAGAACUGGACUACAUCCCUGAUUCCUGGAACAGUUUUCAUGUUGCAACAGUCUGGGUUUUUGGUAGUUCAUCUACAUCUGGUGUUGAAGGAGUGGCCUUAUGUAAGAGAUGUCCUACAGGGCACAGUAGUGCAAUUCUCUUACCCUGGUACCCAGACACAGGUGCUUCAGGAGUGUUCCCUGAGUGGGCUUUGUGCGUCCUCCUCUUGUGGCAGCCCCUUGGACAGCUGCAGGUGCCCUCUUGGAAUUUGCCAUCUGCUGUAGUAACUCACGUUCUGGAUCCUCAACCUGGAGAGAAGAUUCUAGAUUUGUGUGCAGCACCUGGAGGCAAAACAACACACAUUGCAGCAUUAAUGCAUGAUCAGGGAGAAGUAAUAGCACUGGAUAAAAUAUCCAACAAAGUAGAAAAAAUUAAACAGAACGCUUUAUUGUUAGGACUGAAUUCCAUCAAGGCAUUUUGCUUUGAUGGAACAAAGGCUCUUAAACUCAAUACAGUUAAGGAUGCUGAAGGAAAACCUCCAUUCUUACCAGAAUCUUUUGACCGAAUUCUUCUUGAUGCACCAUGCAGUGGAAUGGGACAGAGACCAAACAUGGUUUGUUCUUGGACUUUGAAAGAAGUGACAUCAUAUCAGCCGUUACAGAGAAAACUCUUCACUGUGGCAGUUGAGCUGCUGAAGCCGGGGGGCGUGCUGGUUUAUAGCACAUGCACCAUCACACUGGCAGAAAACGAAGAACAGGUUGCCUGGGCCCUCAGAACAUUUCCUUACCUUCAGCUUCAGCCCCAGGAACCACAGAUUGGAGGAGAAGGAAUGAUGGGAGCUGGCCUCUCACUGGAACAAUUGAAACAGCUGCAGCGAUUUGAUCCAUCUGUCGUGCCAUUACGGGACACUGACAUUGAUUCCCUCAGAGAUGCCAGAAUAGAAGACAUGAUUUGGCUGGCAAAUAAGGAUUGUAUAGGGUUUUUUAUUGCAAAAUUCAUAAAAUGCAAAAGCACAUAGAAGGAUCCUUAGAAAUGAAAAUUGCGAACGUUUGCUGUAUGUUUUUUUUUUUACCCAGCUGUUGUCGGGUCUGGUGAUGGAUGGCAUAGUUGCUAAGGAAGCAGAAAAGACUGUCAGCAGUUGGACCAGGGACCAAGAGAUUUGACCAAGAGACUCUACUUCAUGGAAGAAGUAGUUGGGGGUGGUAUGAGAUUAUAUUCUGUGUUUUUUAAAUAAUUUUUUUCUUAAGGAUUUAGCACAGUAAAAGGAAAAGGAGGUGCCUGCGGAUAUCUGGAGCAUAUUUUCAUUUGGGGUUUUGUGUUUUAAUGUGUAAAUAAUGUAAGUCAUUUUUAAUGUUAAAAUGUGUGAUUAUAACAAAGGAAUAAAAUGAGCAAUAUUUAAUUUGGUAAAAAAUG